AUGCCAAUCCGAGUCGGAGCGCGCCGUUGCAGAGCACACACGCAGAGGUACCUCGACCUGACCCAACGUUGGGACUCUCAAGUCCGGAAUACUUUGUUCCGGCACGCAUCUCAGGCACAACUCCAGGUACAAUCCCACCUCGUGGUACCACCUUUCCACCAAAUCAAAGACACCGGCCGAAAGAUCCAUCCUCAAACGUGCACAGCCUUGUGGGAACCAGCCAGAUUGGGCCGCUCGGGUGGAUCCCAGCCAGCCAACCAGGUCGCCCGUCAACCACCUCACCCUGCACCUCACACCUCGCUGUCCCACCGUCACCGUCCACACUCCCCUCCCCUCCGCUCCCCUCCCCUUCCCACUCAAGGUACGGACAGGCUCCCGAGUCCCAAGUCCCAAGUCUCUCUCCUCCUUCGAAUCCCAAGUCCUACCUACUACGCUCUAUUACCUACCCUCCCUCAGACCCCAAUUCCACACACCGUGGGCCUGCCCUGGUGCCGGGUCUCUCAGUCCGGUCCCCUCCUGUCCUCGCUUCCCCAUCUCAACUCCUUCUUCGCACACUGUGGCACAUUACCACUCAAUCUCCCGCCGCGCUACGCUAUUCUCUCCCUCUCUCUCCAACGCCCCCAAAACGUCGCCAAACCCUCUUCACUUCCAGUCACCACCUUCAUCCGUCUCCGGCGUCGCUACUUGACCCUCUACUCAUCGCUGUCACUCAGUUACACUCAUCCACACAAACUACCAUUGCGCAAACCUAUUCGCGACAGCGAAUAA